UGAACUCAUUUCCCUACUAUUUGGUAUUAAGCCUCGCUCUAUUUCCUUAGAACAGCCCGUACUUCUGUCUUGUCUAUCUCAGCGCACACAAAAGGAAAAAAAAAAAAAAGCUUUUGCACAGGAUGAGCCUGGAAGACAUCUUCUGGUAUAAUUAUCUGACAUCUGCUUACAUACUGCCCCCUUCUUAAUACUGCAAACCACCAACACCUUUCUAGAUACAUCACUGAUUGUUUGUGGUUGGGAAGCAUUUUCCAUUAUGUGCUAGCAUCCUAAAUUUACCUGGAAGAAGCUGUGUCCGUGGAUCUAAAAUUUAAUGAGUAAUCACACCAGGGUUCCUAAUUUGGCAUCUGAAAGGUUAAGAGCCUCCUCCCUCUGUUGUACAGACAGACCAUUAUUAGAUGUGUUUUAUCUAGACCAGGGGUAAAGGUAUCUUAGACUGUAAUCUUCAUAGAAGAAUCUGAACUAAUAUACAUAAGAUUGUACAGCAGUACACAGGAUCACACGGCACGAGACUUCCAUGGACCUCUGGCUUUGAAAUGGAUCUGCACAACUUUACUGGAGCAUGGAUUUUACAUUUGCUGUCACUGUUUUAUGGAUUGGCCAUUGUUGAGAAUACAGAGAGGACACAGCCCAGAAAUCACACCCAGGAUAAAUUGAACCACGGCACAGUAUUUUCAAACAACACUAAUCACACAGUUGCAUUGUUGGUACAGCCUUUGUGUCACAGUCUUCAGCAGACAAAUUUUGUGUGGACAGACUCAAUGACGGAUGGUCAGUUCGAGAACUUCCGAUUUGGCAUUGGCCUCAGCAUAGCUAGUACAUCCAACAACAAGAUUGCUAAAGAGACUUUAGCAUCCCUCCUGAAGGUGCGGGGCACAGACCAAGUAUAUGUUACAGUAACUGCAGAGACCAAUCAGAGUGGUGUUGCUCUGGUCACCACCUCAUGCAAACUUUUGAGCAAGAGGAACACUACUAGGUUAUAUGUUAUUCAAGAUGGGUGCUUAGAUAAGAAAACAGCGCAGAAAAUAACUAUGGAAGACAAUAAGAUGGUGUUUACAUUGAGACUCUCAGGAGUAACCCAUGCUCCUGGCUCCUCCAUGGUAUUUAUAAGCUGUGAAGUAAAGUUGUGUCUGAAGUCCAACUACUCAAACUCCUGUGGGUCUAACUGUUCAUCAACAUUCUUUUCCAAACAACCAAAUGAAUCUCAGCUAGAGACCAGGACGUACCAUGUGACUGCAGAGCCUAUCUAUGUGAUCUGGGAGAAAAGAAAGGUAGCUGUUACAAAUUAUCCUGCGCUGGUGAUCGGAAUGGUCCUGGGUGGCACUGUUGUUGCCGUGGUGGUACUACUGGUGAGGAAAUCAUUCUCUGGAGUGCGCCGCAGGAAUAUUCUAGUAGAUCUAUGACCAGAAUACUGUAUCCAUAUGGACAUUGCAUAAAUAAGCACAAACUGGAGGGAUGGGAAAAAUCUUUUUCCCCCAAACAAAUUCUUUGGUGUCACAUACAGAAAUCUACAUUAACAGUGUGACGAAAAUGGUUUACAGGCAAUGUAUUUUCCAUUUAAUUUAUAAAAUCUAACACUAUGGAUUGAGUCUUCAAUAUAGACAAUAAAUGGGGGCUUUUCAGAUGGUUCAUUUAAGAAGUGAAAAAUGUAUUGGGUAUUAACAAUUGUUACAGACCUGGAUUAUUUCAUCUGACCAUCCUUUAGCAUAGGAGGAUAUACACGCUCCGUUGUACAGGACUAUGUAACAAGCAUGAAAAGUAUAAACUCUACAUGUGUUGAGCAUGCAAAGCAUCUUUUUACAGUUAGCUUGCUGAUUAAAUUCAUUCUAUUGCAA